UUGUUUUUUUUUCCCCCUUCUUGUUUUUUGUUUUUUUUGGAUUUUUUUUGGCCCCCCACAUUUUUUUUUUUGCCAUUAUGAACCGUCCAGCCCCUGUGGAAAUCACUUAUGAGAAUCUUCGUUUCCUGAUCACUCACAACCCAACCAAUGCAACCCUCAGCAAAUUCAUCGAGGAGCUGAAGAAGUACGGGGUGACCACCCUGGUGCGAGUUUGUGACGCCACCUACGACCAGGCCCCCAUCGAGAAGGAGGGAAUCCAGGUCCUGGACUGGCCGUUCGACGACGGCGCGCCGCCCCCCAGCCAGGUGGUGGAGGAUUGGCUGAGCCUGCUCAGGGCCAAGUUCCGCGAGGAGCCCGGCAGCUGCGUGGCCGUGCACUGCGUGGCGGGGCUGGGCAGGGCUCCUGUUCUGGUGGCUCUGGCUCUCAUUGAAUGUGGGAUGAAGUACGAGGACGCCGUGCAGUUCAUAAGGCAGAAAAGAAGGGGAGCUUUCAAUUCCAAGCAGCUGCUGUACCUGGAGAAAUACAGACCCAAGAUGAGAUUGCGCUGCAAGGACGCCAACGGGCACUGCUGUGUUCAAUAAAUAAAUAAAAAUAAAAAUUAAAAAUAAACCAAAUUAUAGCUCCAAAAAAAAGCAGGAAUCAACACUCU